AUGGCUUUCUCAGUGCCGCAAUUAUCUCCUUCCACAGAUGAGACGACUAACUAUGCGCGACUGUGUCGUCUUCUAGUGGAUGUGGGAUCUCAAGCAUUAAGAGAUACGUUUGAUGGCAUUCACCCCCAAAGAGCACUCCAGACAGUCUUAACGCAGCCUCCGCAUAAUGCAACUUUAAAUACCCUCAAGACGAAAAAGAUUAUCAAUUCUUCACAAUGGGGAGAUCUAUUCCCAGCUGUGUUAUCAUCAGUUUCAUCACACAAGUUUGAUGUUACACUAUUGAUGGUACUACUUAGAAAUAUCUGUGGGCUGGCACCUCCGGCUACCGGCUGGGACGCUCUUCCUCCUGAUCUAGACCAAAGUAAGCAAGCUCACAUAGCCAGAGUAAAGUACUAUCGUAAUAAAGUUUACGGCCACGCCAACCAGGCUUCUGUAGAUGAUACUGCAUUCAACAGGUACUGGCUGGCUAUCAGCAAUGCAAUAACGGGAUUGGUAGGGGGAAAAUAUGCAGCUGAUAUGACAAACCUCAAAGUUGGGUCAAUGGAUCCCGCUUUAGAGGAACACUAUAAAGAACGGUUAAGGCAGUGGAAGAAAGACGAGGACAGCUUCAAAGAAAAGCUUGAGGAGAUGGACGAAAACAUGAGAAAAGGUCUUGAGAAGAUUGAAGGUGACAUGGGUAAAGGACUUGAACAGAUAGAGAAGAUAAAAGAUGACAUGGGAAAUAUAGGGGAGAAGUUGGAGAGUUUGAUGAACCGAACAGAAGAAAUGGCCGAUGAAG